AAACAGCUGAUCACAUUGUUAUUGGAGAAAAUCGGAAAACUGCUACAUCGAAAUGGACACGGAAAAGCCUUCAACUAGCGCUGCUGCUGCUUCAGCUGCUCCAAUAAUGCAGGAGCCGAAUCCACUUCUGGACUCGCCACUCCAUGGGCCAACGCUCUCCAGCAGCUCCAGCUUCGAGGCUCUGGCGCGACACGACCCAAACCUCAGCCGAUUGGCGACGCAUAUGUUCCAGAAAACUGAGGAAUACAUUACGCACGAACUGAACGCGCCCCUGGAGGACUACAGGCUAUUGGAGGAGAUGAACAAGGCUACCAUAGCCAAGUACAAGGACAUGCGUCAAAUUGCAGAGAACCUGAAUGUAUCGACCAGCGAGCUGAGCCUCAAGUUCCAGCAGCUGGCGCCGCUAAUGCAGCAGAUCGACGAGAUAUCCGACACGGUGGACAAACUGGAAGCUGCCGCCUACAAACUAGACGCCUACAGCAUAGCACUGGAGAACCGCGUCAAGUGUGUGCUGCAACGCAAGGCGGGCACCAAUGUGGCACAAUAAUCAACGCGAAGGCCACGCAAAAAUGCUUUUAGUGUACUUUUUACAAUAGACUUUAUGUUUCUAACCAAGCAACAGUUUAAAUAUAAUCGCAAUUAUGUUAAGAAAUAUCAGGGGAACUGCAAUAAGACAGAGAUGGUUAUUAUU